AUGUCUACUGAUACUAAAACUUCAGAACAACCUCCAAUUUCGUCGGAUUCCAAUGUACCAAAUCAUCCAUCAACGACAAAGACGCAAAAACGUCAAUCUCAGAAAGUUAUUCAUACCUUGACUGGCACUAAAAGCUUAAUGUCGUCAAUGAAUUUUGAAAAUCAAAUGACUAAAUCAACAACGUUUUUUAAACGGCAUUGUCGAUCACUACCAAAUGUUCCUGUUGAAUCGAGUCAACAUGUUAUCAAACACAAAAAACGAGGACGGCGACGACGAACACAUAAACAUGUUCAUCCUGAAAAUUCUAUAAACACCUCACAACAAUGGAGCAGUCAUAAUUUUACACUUGAUGAAUCCUACAGAUCCAAAGUUGAAAGUCCAAAUUUAAAUGAUUUUCGAUUCUCUACAGGAACUACUGAUACCACUACAAUAGAAACAACAACAACAACAACAAUCACGACGACGACAACAACAACAACGACGACAACAACAACGACGACAACAACAACGACGACAACAACAACGACUACAUCGGCUAGUAUUUGGUCAUUAUCAAUACCAACGAACGCUACAUGGAGUCAAACAGGUAUAACGGUUGCUGGUAACAGUAAUGGGUCAAGUGGUAGUGAUUUGGGAUCCCUUUUCACUCCUGUAGAUAUUUUUAUUGAUAAUAACUACACAUUGUACAUUGCUGAUCGGGACAAUGAUCGCGUUGUGAAAUACUAUGCUAAUACAACUGUCGGUGUACUCGUUGGUGGUAAUGGAACCAGCGGUCGUACUUCACGUCUUCUGUCGGGGGUUAAGGGUAUCGCUGUUGAUCAAUAUGGCAACGUAAUUGUCGCUGACAGUGAUAAUUAUCGUAUUCAAAGUUUUCCUCCUAGUUCAACCGUUGCAACAACAUUGACUAGUAAUAGCUCGACACUUUUAAUUGGUCAAAUGCGAGAUUUACAUAUCAAUGUAAAUAAUAUUAUCGUUAUAACUGAUUCAACUUAUAGUCGUGUAGUGAAAUUUAACAGUUCAAGCGGAGUUGGUACAAUUAUAGCAGGUAUAAAUGGAGCUGGAUCAAGAGCAGAUCAAUUCUCAUCCCCGUUUGGAAAUUUCAUUGAUGAGAAUGAAACACUCUGUGUAGCUGACAAUGGAAAUGAUCGCAUACAAAUGUGGCUCAGUGGAGCCAGCAGUGGAAUUACUGUAGCUGGUGUCAAUCAGUCAGCCGGAUCUGACUUAGGACACUUGAAUGGUCCUCUAGCGGUAAUAGUCGAUAAUAAUGGGUAUGUUUCUUGAAUUUGCUGGGUUCUGGUUGAGCUAAUGUUAUAGUGCUGGAAUUGUUUUAAUUACUAAUAAACUUUUUUUCUAGCAGUGAUUAAAACAGCUUUUAUGACUAGAGUUUUGAAUUGCUGCUAUUGAACAACCAAAAAUUUAAAGACUGUCAUAUAUAUUUCGAAUAAUGAUCGAUCAUAAUAUUUAUUGAUUAAGAUUAAUCAGUUCACUGCUACUUGAAUAAGCGAAAACAUGGCUUUUUUAUUGCUAUUUUCAGUGAGCUUUAAAUUACAUAUGGAACAAGUUGAGCACUUUCUAUGUAUCGACAAGCGAUAACAAUUAUGUCUAUAUGUUACAUUAUAUGAUCUUCAAGAAAAAUAAGAUUAAUAUGCAUCAUGCAAAAGUUUGCAACAUGUAUUCACAGGCUUUGGAGAAACGGAUCGUAGUUGUGUAAACAUUAGUAUCUUCAUUAAUUUUCUAACUAGUAAAUUGUAGUUGUUAUUCUUUUUAACAUAUAUCUAACUCCUAUUAGACUUCUUUUUUCUGCAAGCAUUUAUAUAUUCUAUUUGACAGGUAUAUGUAUAUAGCUGAUUCAGGAAAUGACCGAAUCGUGAAAUGGACUACAAAUUACUCGGCAGGUGGUAUCUGUGUUGUUGGUUGUACUGGCACUGGAGGAACUGCAGCGAAUCAAUUGCAAGCGCCGCGAGACCUAAAAUUUGAUGCUAGUGGGAAUUUAUAUGUUAGUGAUCAAGGAAACCAUCGAGUACAAAAAUUUGCAAUUCAAAUAUAGAACUUUACAGCUGUUUUGGUAAUAAAAUUUCUAUUAAAUCCUUCAAACUACCCUUCUAUAAUAUUGUACAUCUAUUUUUCUCUCAGAAACUCACAUGCAUUUUCAAAAGUAAUGAAGAACCAAUAUUCGACUAUUUCUUUACUUUCUGACAAUACAAUAGAUGGUAGGAGGACAGCGUGAUAAACAUUACAUUUUAAAGUCUUCUGUAAAAUUUCCAUAGGUGAAAUGCACUUAUGAGAGUUUUUAAUAUUAUACUAAGCCAAAACCUAGUUACAGCUGUAAAUAAUAUGAGUUCGACUAGCAUGGAUAGUAAUGCAAUAUCCUAAACGUCAGGCUUAGAACCAUUUGUGUUGACAAAAUUUGGGUCUAUUGAUAAUAUUUGCAUUGUAUUUGAAGAAAAAAUUGUAACACAAAAGCUGUUCUCGAUAUGGAUCUAUCAGCCUAUGAAUUAUUAUUGUUC